CUGCUUCCCGGUAGAGACCCCUUGGUGUAGCAGAGAUGAUCUCCAAUUUGUUCAAUGAUCAAAGGACACCUCUAAGGAAGCUUCAAGGCAAGGAGAGGGUUAAUGAUAUCAACUAUAUAAAGCAGGAAAGUAUUUAUCUUAAUUUGUUAUAGUCACAGCUGUACCCACCAUUUGAAAUCUUGAAAGCAAUCAUGAAGGGAAGUCAUAGAUUGAAGCAAAUGGCAGGUAACAGACAGUCAGGAGAAAGGUGUGCAUGUCAGAUUUUCAAAUUUGAUUUUAAAAAAUACUUAUUUUGGCCAGAUCAGUUUGUAAACAACCCUACACACACACACACACACACACACACACACUCUUUUACCUUUAGGAGAAAGGGAAACUUGAGUUAGUAUUUAUGAAAGGAUAUACGUUACCCUUCUUUAACCAUUCCCAUUUUUUUUUUUUUUUUUAGCAGCCUGGAUGUGUUUUUAUAAAUUGUAGAGUGGAUUUUUGUGCCGUUUUGAAACCUAAGAGAAAGGUGCCUUUCUUUGUAUUCUUGGGGUGAAGGAGAAAGUGAACCCAUGACUGGAGAGAUAAUAUCAAGCAGGAGACUGUAAACAGACCUGAGGGAGAUAACGCGGGUAGGCAGACACACAGACCAUUCCCGGAGAGGAAUGGGGUUAAUGUGAGCUCAGCCAUAAAGCAGAUUUUUUAAAAACCCACUCCUUCCAAGUCCUUCAGCUCAAGGUGCAGCCAAAUAUUUGCAUAAAGAGCUGGUGAAGGAUUCCAGCUUCCUGGUUCAUGACAUUACAGCAUGGAUCAUUUUCAAAAUUAACACCACCUCCUGCUUCAGCAGCGGCCGACAGCCCCAGAGGCACGCUGUAUGGGACUGCCGGGAGGCAACGGCGUCCACCUUUCAGACCCAGCCCCGCCAUCUUCGGCAGGGCUGUAUUUGGAGUCUGAACUGGUUUCUUCCACAUCCAAUUCCUUUCAACCCCGAGAAUUUUCCAGUUGUGUUUCCUGUGAAGAAAAUAUGAGCUGUAUCGACCAGGUGUUUGAGUCCUACCUUCAGACAGAGACACACCUGGACCCCUUGCUCAAUCCCACGCAGAGCACGCCACCCUAUUUCCCUGACAGCUUCCAAGCUGCCCCUUUCUGCUUUAACCAGAGCCUGACCCCAGGAUCGUCUUCGGAUUCCUCCACUCUGUCUGGUUCCUUAGACUACAGUUACUCAUUGGCUCAGCUACCUGCGUGUGCCCCGGAGAAUUACAAUUCUUCCCCUUCUCUGGACCCCAGAAACUGUGGCUAUUCCUCAGAAGAGUACUCCUACUCGCACUUGCCCUCGUACACUCAGUACGACUGCUUCCCCUCUGCCGGCCCCUCGGUCUGCUACUGCGCAUCCUGUGAGGCAGAACACGUGGACACCCUCAGAGCGGCGGAGUGCUUUUCCUACCCCAGCACAGACUAUGUGAACUUGGCCCCCUCCGCAGCUGUGGCCAGCGAGUUCUAUAAAAGGGGAACAAACUGGGACAUCUGCUAUAGUUAAUAGCAAUUACAUUACAUUGGAACAUGGCGUGAGUAUCUCGGUCCUUCGGCCACACCAAAUGACAACUCGAAAUGCAUCCUGUUAACAAAGUAUCACAAAGCCCCGUUCCUGUGUCACAUUUCCAAUGUUCUGAUGCUCGCUUAGGCAUUAGUACGAAGUCGUCAGAUCUGGUCUUCGUGCCACUCCUACUUUGUAUGCUGACAGUUAAAAUUGUUGUAGGGAGUGUUCAGUUUUCCUUUUCUAUGUAAC